AUGUCUUUAGUUCCGAAGUGUGACAACCACCAUCAAGUGACACUUCUGAGCAAGGCAGAAGUUUCUGCCGAAGAAUGUCAAGGUCUUGAAGCUGACCUGGAAAGCAAACUGUUCGGACAGCACAUUGCGUCUCGCAUCGUCCUGAAAGCUGUGAGUGGAUUCAUGAGCGACGAUAAUCCAAAGAAGCCCCUGGUGCUCUCUCUGCAUGGAAAGACUGGCGUAGGGAAGAACUUUGUCAGUAAACUUAUUGCUGAAAACAUCUACAAGAAGGGAAUGGAAAGCAGCUUCGUUCAUGUUUUCACAUCUGAACUUCACUUCCCGCAUCAAAGUAAAUUGGAAACCUACAAGUCUCAGUUGCAGCAGCAGAUCAAAGAAAAUGUCACCAACUGUGCACGCUUCAUGUUCGUCUUUGAUGAGAUGGACAAGAUGCAUCCUGGCUUGAUUGACAGCAUAAAGCCAUACCUGGGGUACCACAGCAAGCUGGAUGGUGUUUCUUAUCGGAAAGCUAUGUUCAUCUUCCUCAGUAACGCUGGAGGGACGAGCAUUACACAGACAGCUUUGGAUUUCUGGAAAGGAGGACGAGAUCGAGAAGAGAUUGAGCUAAAAGACCUGGAAACUUUGCUCUCUGUAUCAGCAUUUAACACCAAUAAUGGUGGCUUGUGGCAUUCAAGUUUGAUUGACAAGAACCUGGUGGACUUCUUUGUCCCGUUUCUGCCUCUGGAGUACCAACAAGUCAUCCAGUGUGUCAUGGCUGAGAUGAAAGCCAGAGGACUGCGGCCAGACCUGGCUUUGGCGGACCGGGUGGCCAGAGAUUUAGAGUAUUUCCCCAAAGAUGAGGGAGUGUUCUCUGUCCGAGGCUGCAAGACAAUAUGUAGAAGAUUGCACUACUACAUAAUGAGGCCUCUCCGGUAUCCUCCUCCUGCUUUCUCUGACCCAGGUCACGGAUCGUAA